AUGAAUACUGCCGACAGACCGCCUAUAGAGUCUGGAUAUGCGUCAAACGACAUGCAAGCCAUUUCUCAUCUCAUCACCACCGACUCGACAGACUUGCUCGCCAUCCCACAUGAUGCUGACCAAGCAAAUCAAUUCAGAAACACAGUCUCAUUCUCCGUAUCUCAAAGCCAUGCGGGGUCAUUCGUUUUCCCAAAACUGCCAGCCGAAUUGCGCCUGAAAACAAUACACUUCACAUUCGAGGCCCAGGUCAUUGACGUGGAGAUAUAUCCAGCCUCUGCGGAACCUGGUAGCCGGGGAGCUCGGAGAAUUACACCACUCCCGGUUGGACUUCAGAUCAACCGCGAGAGCCGAUUGGAAAGUCUACGAUUUUAUGAUAGAAUACAGAGGAUCGAUGAUAAAUGCAAGACUGUUUGGCCUGUUAUCUACAUUCAUCCAACAAACGAUAUCCUCAAGAUAAUAACACCGUGGAAAACAUCGUGGAAAUCGGAGCAAAGACGUGCUGGCUUGGGAAGCUAUUUUGAUGAAGUAUCUAUCAACAUGGCAAGGUUUUCAUGCCAUCUGAAUGAAUGCUACACACGGAGGCUGUCCCUUGCGUUUACAAUGUUUUACGGUGACUACUGUACCCCUUGCGGCUGGAUGUGGAUGCUGGUCCAUUGCAAGAGCGCUCGUAGUGUUUUUUUCUCUCUUGACGUCUUCCGAAGGCCAGAGACAAUCACUCUACCAAAACGAGAGGAAGUUGAGUACUUGCUAUGCCAGCUUAAGGGGUACAGAGAUCGUAUGAAGGAAAGGGGAAUGCGGUCUCCGAUAACUGGCCUUGUUAUAUCAACAAACACAAUACAAGAUGCUGGCCUGAGCCCUGCAGAACUUGAGGGUGAUAUUGGCGUAUUUACCUAUUAUCCCCCGGGAUCUGCCUACCCUGAAAUUGGAGCAACCAUUGUCGACCGUCUUCGAGAGCCGCUUAAUGAUGAAUUUUGA